AUAUAUAAAUACCUUUUCAGGAGAAGAAAAUCACACCUCUACGACUUCUAUUGUAUUCUAUUACUACUCAACAACUCAAUAACUCCUCCUACCCCUUUUUCCCCUUCAACCCAGAUUCGAUCUCUGCUUCAAGCGAUCUCUUUCAUCAAUUCUCCGAUCUGGGCUUCUCUUUCUCAUACCAUGUUUUUGUUAGAUUGGUUCUACGGGGUUCUCGCUUCUCUUGGCCUAUGGCAAAAGGAGGCAAAGAUUCUCUUUUUAGGCCUUGAUAAUGCUGGCAAGACAACCCUUCUCCAUAUGUUGAAGGACGAGAGAUUAGUGCAGCAUCAGCCGACCCAGCAUCCCACCUCCGAGGAAUUGAGCAUUGGGAAGAUUAAGUUCAAGGCUUUUGAUUUGGGUGGUCACCAGAUCGCUCGUAGAGUCUGGAAAGAUUACUAUGCUAAGGUUGAUGCUGUAGUUUACCUAGUUGAUGCCUAUGACAAAGAGCGGUUUGCCGAGUCAAAGAAAGAGCUCGAUGCACUCCUUUCAGACGAGUCCCUCGCCACUGUACCAUUUCUGAUUUUGGGCAACAAGAUUGACAUCCCAUAUGCAGCUUCAGAAGACGAGCUUCGAUACCAUCUGGGGCUGACCAAUUUCACAACCGGGAAGGGGAAGGUCAAUCUCACCGAGUCCAACGUUAGGCCUCUUGAAGUUUUCAUGUGCAGCAUUGUUCGCAAGAUGGGAUAUGGAGAUGGCUUCAAAUGGCUAUCUCAAUACAUCAAAUAGGGAAGAAAGAAAGAAGAGUUAGGGGGAGAUAAGCAAAAACAUCAUCAUCAUCAUUAUUAUUAUUGUUAUUAGCUUUUCUGUAUUUGCGUGGGAAAUUUUUUUCUGCUGUUAGGUUGCAGUGACUCACCACGAUUCAUAUCCCAACAGAGAUUUUAUAAUUUUUUCUUUUCAUAAUUUUUUUUUUUGCUUUCCAUUUUAUUGGGUUGGAGGAGGUAACAAUAUUUGAUUCAUUGCUAAUGUUGGGACUGAAAGUUUGUGCUUUAAACUCUUGUGACUUUUUGUUUAGCAUCAUUAUUAUUGUUCUUGGCUUACAUUGUAUGGAAUCUCAAUAAAUAUUAUUUUCUUGCUUUCAUUUUACUUAAAUAAAAAAGUCUACUUAAAUUUUGAUCAA